AUGUCGAACCAAGGCCAACCUAGACUUCCCUAUGAUCCCGUACGAGAAGCAGCAAAUAAUCCUAGGGGAGAGAGCAGUUCCAGUGCCACAUUGUACCCAGACAUCGACGACCAGUUUGGCGCUGGACAUGGUAUGGACAAACUCAACUCAGCCCCUCCUUCGAAUAUCCAACAGAAUCAAAGAAGGCCAGGAGGAAUGAUCCCAUCGUUUGCAGAAUUUCAAAAAAAAGCAGAGAAGCUUUCGAAACAGGAAAAUCCAGAGCAUAUGAUACAAGAUCCAGGACUCAGAGAGCGGGCUUUUAGCUGUGAAGUCAAGAGCCAAAGCGAAAAUCGUGUGCAGAAAAAGCUAAAGGCUCGUAAUUCUAUGACUGCAGGUGUGAUGGCAGAAAAGGAUAUACUUAACACGAAUAAUCGAACGAAUGCCGGAGCGAGUACCGCCGACGAGGGUGCAAUUUCUGAGACCAAAGCAAAGCCAGGAGACAUGCCACCGCCUCCAAGACCAAUGUAG